CACACAUACACGCACCCACACAACCAGAUUUUAUUAUUUAUUUUUGUUUUCUGCCGAGCUAAUAUUUUGUAGCGCCAACGAUAUUUCCACAAAUCAACUGGAGAAUGGAUAACAGCAGCACAGCAGGCAGCAAAACCGCUCUGGAGAAAUGGGGCUUUCCAUUGCAGGAACUUUACCGACUCGCGUUUACAUUCUACAAACAGAACUCUGGGAAGGCCAUACAUCUGUCCUACGAGGACAAUCUCAAGCUUAUCGCCUUCAAGCAGCAGGCAGCAUUGGGACCAUUCAAUACAAACCAUGCUCCUGCUCUUGGCGUCCUGGACGUCAUCGGAAGGGACAGGCAGCAGCACUGGCAGCUGCUGGGGGACAUUACACGCGAGCAGGCUAUGGAGGGCUUCAUCGAUCUGCUUGACACCAUGUGCAGCGCCUUCCGGCCUUACAUUGAGGCCGUUCGCCAGAAUCGCGAUGAGACACUGAAAGCCGAGCUGCGACGCAUGGAACAGGAAAAGGAGGCCAGACAGAAGCGGGAACGCGAACAGCAGGAGCUGCUGGAGGAGGGAUACAAGGACGAAAUGCAACGACGUCAGCUGCAGGAUGCGCUCAACAAGCAGACAUAUCAGCAAUUUAAGCUGUACGCCGAGAAGCAGUUUCCUGGUAAUCCCGAGCAACAGGCCGUGCUCAUACAUCAGCUGCAGCGGGAGCACUACCAUCAAUACAUGCAGCAGCUGCAUCUGCAGAAUCAGAGCCAGACGCAAAAUCUAAACCAAAACCAACAGCCACAGCGGACAAGUGACGAGGACACGGAGAAGAUGCUGCAAACGGAGGAGGAUCACAGCAACAGUCGCUGCUCCACUCACCACACCAACAACAACAAUAACAACAACAAUAACAGCGGCAACAACCGGCCAGACAGUGCUGACUUAACCAACGCCAUGGAGGGACUGCAUCUCAAUCAAUUUGAGUGCCAGCAACAACAGCAGCUGCAGUCGCAGCCGGAAUCUGGUGAGGAGCAACUGGCGCAGCCGGAGCAGUUGGGCAGCGAUGAUUACGACGAUUAUGUGAUGAUACGUCCGGCCAAGAUCUGGACGCGACCGGAUAUCGAACUGUUCAAGACUGAAGUAUCCGCCGGCGACGGUGACGGUGUCAUUACCAUUGGGCAUGGCGAUACGGUAACGGUGCGUGUGCCAACAAAUCUGAAUGGCAAGUGCAUAUUCUGGGAGUUUGCCACGGACAAUUACGACAUUGGUUUCGGUAUCUACUUUGAAUGGGCGAAGCCCGUUACCAGCGAGGUGACGGUGCACGUGAGCGAUAGCGAUGAGGAUGAGGAUUGCGUCGAUGAGGACUAUCUGUCUACCACAGAGGAUCUGGAGUCGGGCUCAAUGUCGCAGGAGCGCAGCACAUUGGCUGCACAGAAUGCGGCUGCCGCAUUAAAGGCACCCAUUUCAAUUAUAGUGCCAAUAUAUCGGCGCGAAUGCUACAACGAGGUCUACGUGGGUUCCCAUUCCUAUCCUGGCGAGGGCGUCUACCUCUUAAAAUUUGACAAUAGCUACAGCAUCUGGCGUUCCAAAACCCUCUAUUAUCGCGUCUAUUACGAGCGAUAAGGCCAAACAAGUAGUUCAUUUGUGGAUUACUUAUCUUUUACUACGAACAUACAUACAUUACAUGUGUAUUUGUAAGGACUACAAUAAGUGUAUGUUGUGUGUGUGUGUGUGCGUGUGUGUACGCGCUUUGUGUGUGUAUGCACAUACAUAGAUGAGGUUUGUGUGCCGAACAUGCAUACAUCAAUUAGAAAAUUCACUUUUCCAUUUGCAAAAUGAUUAAAUCAAUAUAUUUAUUAUAUAGUUUUCAAAAUAAAUUAAAUUACU